AUGAGUGUUGCGUCGCUUCCAGAAUGUGUCAAAAACAUGUUCCCAACUGAACAACUCGAGUUCUCCUCAUCAAUUACUGCGGAAGAAAAGCCAGUUCUACAUGAGGUAUUCCAAAAGCAUUCGUGUUUCUCGCAAUGUGGUGAGAUGAUUGACGAGGUCUCCAAGAAGAAUCCAGAACUUGGAAAACGUUUGGCAAAUGUGCUCGAGGGGAACAAGAGACGGCUCGAUGGAUUGUCGCCGUCGGCUAUUGAGUACGCCAAGAAGUUGAUCCAUAUGGUGACUCACACUCUGUGCUCUCUGACCACUCAAAAACCAAUCGAUGACGCUGAGGCCAAACGACUCCACGAGGAGUUCAAAACUCUGUCCGCUGAGGAUCAAGCAGCUCUCAAGAAAAACAACCCGGAUAUUAAAUUUUGA